AUGUCGGGAGCAUUAGGACUGAGUCAGCAGGGCGUCGAGCUCGAGAGCAUUAUGCGUAGUACGGAGGGCAUAGCACGUAAGACACGUAUCUUCUGCACGAUAGGUCCAACAUGUUGGUCCAAGAAGGGACUGACCGAGCUCAUUGACGCCGGCAUGAACCUAGCUCGCUUCAAUUUCUCGCAUGGAGACCAUAGCAGUCACGCUGAGGCGCUCGACCGACUCCGGACAGUGCUGGCCACGCGCCCAUACAAGAACAUCGCCACCAUGCUGGACACGAAGGGCCCCGAGAUCCGCACGGGUUUCUUGGCGAACAAGGACAAGGUUCAUAUAAAAAAAGGGUCCAUAUUGGAGCUCACGACGGAUUACGAUUUCCUGGGCGACGAGACCAAGAUCGCCUGCUCGUACCCGAAGCUGCCCCAGUCGGUCAAAAUCGGUGGAACUAUUCUGAUUGCCGACGGAUCACUUGUGCUGACGGUCACGGAGAUCAAGGACGACAGCGUCGUAACUCGAGCCAACAAUGCUGCAAUGCUGAGCGAACGUAAGAACAUGAACCUGCCCGGCUGCAAGGUGAUGCUGCCGACGCUGACAGAGAAGGACGAGGAUGAUCUCGUCAACUUCGGUCUAGUGCACGGUAUUGACUACAUCGCCGCGUCGUUCGUGCGCACGGGUCAGGAUAUUGACAAUAUCCGCAAGGUGCUUGGUCCCCGCGGCCGUGGCAUCAAGAUAAUUGCCAAGAUUGAGAAUCAAGAAGGACUAGAAAACUUUGAUGAGAUUCUGGCCAAGACGGAUGGUGUCAUGGUAGCCCGUGGUGAUCUGGGCAUGGAGAUUCCACCUGAAAAGGUGUUCUUGGCCCAGAAAAUGAUGAUUCGUAAGGCAAAUAUCGCCGGAAAACCAGUCGUGACUGCUACGCAAAUGCUGGAGUCAAUGAUCAAGGCCCCUCGACCAACUCGAGCCGAGUGUACGGAUGUUGCUAACGCUGUGCUUGACGGCACCGAUGCUGUGAUGCUUUCGGGUGAGACUGCUAACGGUAACUACGCUACGGAGGCUGUGACGAUGAUGUCCAAGAUUUGCGUGCAAGCGGAAGGUGCCAUCCACUAUAACGAGCUCUACCAAGCUCUGCACAACUCGGUGCUCGAUACGUACGGUCAUAUGGACAUACUGGAGGCCAUCACAUCGUCGGCUGUGAAGACAGCCAUCGAUAUAGAUGCCAAAAUGAUUGUGGUGCUGACGGAGUCUGGUAAUACCGCACGUUUAGUGUCUAAGUUCCGUCCGUCAAUGCCAGUGCUAGUGCUCACGGCUGUGGGUGCAACUGCUCGCCAGUCCGAGGGCUUCAACAAGGGCGUCACAGCGCGCUGUAUGGGCUCGAUGAUUGGCACCGAGUCAAUUCUGUUCCGUGCUACGGAUCUGGGCAAGCAGUUUGGCUGGUUGGAGCCUGGCGAUAAUGUCGUUGCUCUGCAUGGUAUGGUAGAAGCCCGUUCAGGCUCGACCAACAUGCUGAAGGUGCUGACUGUGGAAUAA